AUGUUAACUGACAAGGAAUUAUACGAUUUAAACAAAAAGGCAGUUACUGAAGGAUUUAACAUUAAACCAAGAGUCAAUUAUAAUACUGUCGGAGGUAUUAAUGGACCUUUAGUUAUUUUAGAUGAUGUUAAAUUCCCACGUUAUAAUGAAAUUGUUAACUUAACUUUACCAGAUGGGUCAGUUAGAGCCGGUCAAGUUUUAGAAGUUAGAGGUUCUAAAGCUAUUGUUCAAGUUUUCGAAGGUACUGCUGGUAUUGAUGUUAAAAAGACUACAGUUGAAUUCACUGGUAAAUCAAUGAAAUUACCAGUUUCUGAAGAUAUGUUGGGUAGAAUCUUUGAUGGUUCAGGUAGACCAAUUGAUAAAGGUCCAAAGAUUUUUGCUGAAGAUUAUAUAGAUAUUAAUGGUUCACCAAUUAAUCCAUUCGCUAGAAUUUAUCCUGAAGAAAUGAUUUCAACUGGUAUUUCUGCUAUUGAUACUAUGAAUUCUAUUGCUAGAGGUCAAAAAAUUCCUAUCUUUUCAGCUUCCGGUUUACCUCAUAAUGAAAUUGCUGCUCAAAUUUGUAGACAAGCUGGUUUAGUUAGACCAACUAAAGAUGUUCAUGAUGGUCAUGAAGAUAAUUUCUCCAUUGUUUUCGCUGCUAUGGGGGCCAAUUUAGAAACUUCAAGAUUCUUCAAACAAGAUUUCGAAGAAAAUGGUUCAUUAGAAAGAACUACCUUAUUCUUAAAUUUAGCUAAUGAUCCAACUAUUGAAAGAAUUAUUACUCCAAGAUUGGCUUUAACUACUGCUGAAUAUUUAGCUUAUCAAACUGAAAGACAUGUUUUAACUAUUUUAACUGAUAUGUCAUCAUAUGCUGAUGCUUUAAGAGAAGUUUCUGCUGCUAGAGAAGAAGUUCCAGGUAGAAGAGGUUACCCAGGUUAUAUGUAUACCGAUUUAUCAACUAUUUAUGAAAGAGCUGGUAGAGUUGAUGGUAGAAAUGGUUCAAUUACUCAAAUUCCUAUUUUAUCUAUGCCAAAUGAUGAUAUUACCCAUCCAAUUCCUGAUUUAACUGGUUAUAUUACCGAAGGUCAAAUUUUCAUUGAUCGUCAAUUAAACAAUAAAGGUAUUUAUCCACCAAUUAAUGUUUUACCAUCAUUAUCAAGAUUAAUGAAAUCCGCUAUUGGUGAAGGUAUGACUAGAAAAGAUCAUGGUGAUGUUUCUAAUCAAUUAUAUGCCAAAUAUGCUAUUGGUAGAGAUGCUGCUUCUAUGAAAGCUGUUGUUGGGGAAGAUGCUUUAUCUACUGAAGAUAAAUUAUCAUUAGAAUUUUUAGAAAAAUUCGAAAAGAACUUUAUUUCUCAAGGUGCUUAUGAAGAUAGAACUGUUUUCGAAUCUUUAGACUUAGCUUGGUCAUUAUUAAGAAUUUAUCCUAAAGAAAUGUUAAAUAGAAUCAGUCCUAAGAUUUUAGCUGAAUUUUAUGAAAGAGAAAGAGAACAAGAAGAUGAUGAAGAUGAUGAAGAUGAUGAAGAUAAAGAAGAUGCCAACAAGUCUCAAAAUUUAAUUGAUGCUUAA